AUGAACCUGCCCCCAAGUUCUUUGCUCGGGAGACUGGAGGCGUUCUUGCCCGAGAUGGAGAAGGCCAAUCAGAAAACAGAGAAGCUCGCCCAGGAGGGAAAACUGGAGGUUCUCGACGGGAGUCUAGAGGUGGCGGACUCGGACAAACAGACGGAAGGGGCGGAGGGGACUGACGACGAGGCGGGAGACUCGGAGGUGGAGGAGGAAGAGGAGGGAGGGCAAGUGGAAGGAGCGGCAGGGGUGGUAGCUGCUGGUAGGACCGUGCAGCUGGACUUCGCCCUCGGGGACUUCGACGAUACCCCGAUAGCUAAAAUGGAGCAAGAAAAGGAAGCUGCUCGCGAAGCCGGGGGGGUAGAUGCCGGUGCCACGGGUGGCGUGGAAGAGGAAGAAGGGGUCGAGGAGGGCGGGGAUGUCGUGGUGCCCGGUGCUGCACACCCAAAGAAACCAAGUCAACCCUUGAUAGAGGAGUUGUAG